AUGAAGCUGUGGCUGACAUGGCAUACUUUGCUGAGAAUUGCUCGUUCAAAAACCACCAUGGACUGGACGCCUCCAUGCUGCCUGUCAAUGCGCCAUGGAUAUCGUACGGGCACUGGAUUGCCGGUAUGGAGGCUGCCUUACUACGCAAAACGUAUCCAAAGCCGCUUUGAGGUGCGAUCGCAUCCUCGAUUCCUCUCUUAG